AUGCAGAAACCUGAUGAACCUGAACUGGAUUUGGACGCCGAAAUGAAGAAAAUCACACUGUCUCUCAGCCAUGAAGAACCCGAACGGCUCGCCACUAUCAUCGAUCAAAUUCAUCAGAUCGUUGCUGGUACACAUACUGCAGUCGCUAUACAGGCCCCCGAUGUCAAGACCAAUCCAAAAGAUCGGCCAUCCCUGAAGAAGUCACACACCAAGUCUACUAAGCGAAAUGCCUCAGCCUUUGAGAUGGUCAAAGCCAGUCUGAAGGAGGAGAAGUCCUCCAAGAAGCGAACAGCCAAAAGCAGAGGACAACCAGCUCGAAAAUCAAAGAAGAUCAAAAGAAACUACAUCGAGUCCGAACAAUCAGAUGACAAUGUUUCGGAUGGUUCGCUUGAAAGUAAUAUUCUCGGUAUUGAGGAGUCCAAGGACGCCCCGGAUAUUGAGGACGCCCCAGCUAGUGAGGACGCCUCAGAUUGUGAGGACGACGCCCCGGCUAUCGAGGAUGCCCCGGCUAUCGAGGAUUCCCCGGCUAUCGAGGAUGCCCCAGCUAUCGAGGAUGCCCCGGCUAUCGAGGACGCCGCGGCUAUCAAAGAAAAUGAAGCUAGCCCAAGCUCGGAUCCGUCUCCAAGUCAGGAAGCUAUGAAGGUAUGA